ACGCAGACCUAGAGCCAUCCCAUCGAAGGUCACGUAUACCGCGUCGGCCCGGCAAAUCAACAUGUGUACUGGUAUUAUAUGAAACUGACUGUAUCACGUAGGAAUUUCAGUUCCAAACACCAUUAUUCGCCUAUGUGGUACCGGCGUUGAGUGAACUCCAAAGGCAAAAAAGAUCUGGUAAUGGAAGACCUUCAGAUCCACCAGUGCCUGGGCAACGGCAAUGGGGUAGUCGUGGAUAUGUCACGCCGAAUCCGUAUCCAGCACCAGGCCCAGGGCAGGCAGGAAGACCUUCAAAUCGACCAAUGAGAAUUAACGACAAUCCACAAUGCCGAGAAGAUGUUUUACAUUUAUGUGGUAAAAAUGCACGAGGCAACAACUUUUCAGUGCUUGAUUGCCUGCAGAAUGCCAGAGAGUGUCGCAACAAACUCACAACCCGUCAGAAGGUGGCCAGCGUGGAUGCCAAAGCAAAUUAUUGGCUGUUUAGGAAAUGUAAAAAUUACAUCAAGAAGACAAAAUGUAACAGGCCAAAGGACUCACAAAACCGAGAAUUCCGACUCUCCAAACUUUUGAUCUGUUUGGAAGAAACCAAGCACAACAACAUAAAGCUGAGUGGAGACUGUGUAGCUGAGCUGGAAGAGACAAGAAAGAGCCUGAUGGAAGACUAUAUGAUCAACCCAGAGAUCAUCACCAUGUGCAAGGAUGAGAUUGGUAAUCACUGCUCAGGACUUGAGCGUGGAGGCAAGACCCUACACUGCUUGAUGAAACUGACCCAAGAGAAACCCCCCAAAUUGGGUCAAGAUUGUGAAAAGGCUUUGCAAGAUCUGGUAAAAACAGCUGACGCGGGAGCCAACUAUCGAAUUGAUAAAGCGCUACACAAAGCUUGUAAACCAGUGAGGGAUAAUUAUGCAAGGAUGUUGAAGCUGGAGAUGCCAACUGCAAAACUGUCUUAACUAAGCGGUCCAUCCAAUGGAAGGAGACUUUCGUCUAAACCCAAGAAUGCAGAAAGCUUGUCGGCGUGACAUGCCCAAGUUCUGCAGUGAUGUCUUGGAUAAAUUCAAGAAGGAGGAAUACAAAGAAAAGGAAUUGGAGGGAGAAAUGCUGCUUUGUCUCAAGAAGAAAUUCCCCACCAAGUCUCUGUCACCGGAUUGUGAGAAUUACAUCAGAGAUGCAAUACAAGAAGCAUCAAUGGAUAUUAGGAUGGAUCCUGUCCUCUUCAGUGGGUGUCAGGAUACAGCCAAGAGGCUUUGUUCUGAGGAAUUGGAGACUCCAGGUCAAGGCUUAGUUGCGGAAUGUCUUAAGACUAAUUUAUACAAGGGCAAAAUCAUUUCUCUCAAAUGCCGUAUGCAAGUGAUACGCCUGCUUCAAGAGUGUCGCACUGAUGUUCAUAUUGAUACUCUCCUUUACAAAGCUUGUGCCUUAGACAUCAAGCAUUUCUGUGCAGGUAUUCCACAAGGGGAAGGCCGACAGAUGUCAUGUCUACUUGAAGCUCUGGAGGACACUACUGUCAAUCUGCAUGCUGACUGUCAACGAAUGCUGUCCGAACGCAAGGAAAUGUGGCGUUAUGCAAUCAGAGAGUCCCCACCAAAUUCAUUCCCAGACCUAGCGGCAGCAAUCAAUGCACCUAAAGCCCGUGGUCAGUUGCUCACCAUCUUGUUCCUCGUAAUAGGAGUGCUGGGUUUUGGCGGACUGUACUGUUACAGUAGUCGACAGAAAAUUCAGCACUAGAGGAAGACUGAACCAUACCAACAUCUGAUGGGAGUCCUAAAUCGGUGGCAGCAGUGGGAUCAAACUGUGAAAGUACUGGUGAUGAGACUGACACCGCAGCCAAGGGCAUAGGAUUUAAGCAAGAUGCCACAGAUGUGAUCCAAACCUCAGUCACCUUUUGAGACAUCAGGCCUUGAAGUACUCUAGAAGAAGCAGCAGCAGAUAGAGAUUUAGAUGAAGAGAGACUUAGCCACUCCUCAUCCAUUCUGUCUGUAGUGUCCAUUAGCUCUGAGAAUACACCUGAUGAUGUGCCUUUGUUUAA